AUGGCCUACCCAGCCCCGUCAAGGCCAGCCCAAAGGCCGCCUCCGUUGAGGCAGUAUAACCAGUCUCCGGCUUCACAAGCAGUACCCCCCGCCGCCUACGCGCAAGAUGCGGGCUUCGGACCCGACUACAGCGCUGCAGGCUACGCCCCUGAGCCAGCAUAUGAAGACCCGUCCUAUGGUUACUCUGGUUCUCCAGUGUCGCCGCCGAAUAUGUCGGCGCAACCCCGAUCUAUGCGCCCGCCGCCUCAGGGUGGACGACCUCCAGUCGGAUAUGAUGACCGGCGCGGCUACCCUGGAGGUAGACCGCCCCCAGAAAAACGAUCAAGAAGUGCGGCUGGCCGUCGCCCACCAGGCGCAGGUCCUACCUUCGAUAACCCAUUCCCCGCCGUUCCUCCAGGUAGAGACCCUAGAGACCCCAGAGAUCCCAGAGAUCCCAGAGACCCCAGAGACCCCAGAGACCCCAGGAAUCGCGGUCCUCCUCCUCGAGGCCUAGAGAAGGGCAUGGCUGCGAUGGAUAUUAGUGGCAGACCGCCCUCGCGUCCACAUACUUCGAAUUCGAACAGCCGACGACCAGAUAUGCGAGGACCACCUCCGCGCGGACCGCCGCCCGGCAGAGGUAGAGGAGGCUACUACCAGGGCCCCCCGCGCUCUGCUAGCGCCGCACGGAUGGGGGAGCCUCCCAUGGGCCCGCCCGGUCGAAGCGCGACGAUGCCUCUCGGGGCCCCUCCUAUGAUUUAUCCGCCAGGGCCCCAGCAGCCAUUCUCAGACUAUGAUUAUGCGAGCAGUCCAAUCAGUCCAGUCGAGGCUCCUCUACGUCCCAGCACGGCUGGGGGAAUGCGACCUUCACCGCGUCCUAUUAAUGAUAUCGAUCCUGGACUAAUGAUCCCGCCACCGCCUGAUCCUCCCAAUCGAGUAUCCUACGCACCCAAGGAUUUCUUGGAUAGCUACUAUGAAAGUGGCGACGAGCCCGAGAUGCCGAACUUUGAUGCCAUGCCGCAAAUGCACAUGGGUCCAAUUGAUGAGAUGGGAUUGGAUACCCCGAGGCCAGCUGUGCACACACCCACUUCUCCGUCUGUCACUUCACCCAGCGGCGCAUACUCUCCUUAUACUCCAGAUUCUGCACAUGGAAUCCCGCAAUCGCACUCGCAGCCCAAUAUGCGCAAUGGGGAUGGCGCCAAUCAGUUCGAAAAUGCCGGCUUCCAAUUUGAUAUCCCUGCAGAACCCCGCCAGCUGGAAGGAUACUUCCCUAGUAGCUAUGAGGCGAACGGUGCUGCUCCAUACCAAGUUCAAACCAGAGCACCUGAACCUCAGCAUAAUCCUGAUGCCUUGCCCCUUCACCCGGCGCCGUUUCGUCCGGGCCUUGAUCAAAAGCCUCCCCCGGUCCGCCAAUACAACACCGCACCUGUCACUACUCCCGCGCCCGCGCCGACCCCUGCCGUUGCUGCUCAUAUUGCUCCACAGCCUACACGUCCAGUAAGUAUGGGACUUACACCUGUUACGCAGGAGGAACUGCAGCAACUUCACCAGAAAGUGCGCGGCAACCCCUCCGAUCAGGCGAGUCAGCUUCUCCUUGCUAAGAAGCUAGUGGAAGCUGCUACUGUUCUUGUUGGAGAUAACAAUCGACUUGACCCCAAGACAAAAGCCAAGGCAAAGGAGAAGUAUAUCUUGGAUGCACACAAGAUCGUGAAGAAACUCGUUCAAGCUGGUUACGCAGAUGCACAAUUCUACCUGGCCGAUUGCUACGGCGAAGGCCAGCUAGGGCUGGAGGCUGAUCCCAAGGAGGCCUUUGCGCUGUAUCACUCUGCCGCUAAGAACGGCCAUGCUCAAUCUGCCUACCGUGUUGCUGUCUGCUCCGAGAUCGGCCAAGAAGAAGGUGGUGGUACCAAGCGGGAUCCAUUCAAGGCUGUGCAGUGGUACAAGCGCGCCGCGGCGCUGGGCGACACCCCGGCGAUGUAUAAGAUGGGCAUGAUCCACUUGAAGGGCUUGCUGGGUCAAGCCCGAAACCCUCGUGAGGGUGUCUCAUGGCUGAAGCGUGCUGCUGAGCGUGCUGACGAGGAGAACCCACAUGCGCUCCACGAGCUGGCUCUCAUGUACCAGAACGCUGGCGGAAAUGAUGUUAUUAUCCGUGAUGAGAAAUAUGCCAAUCAACUGUUCCACCAGGCCGCGGACCUGGGCUACAAGUUCUCGCAGUUCCGACUGGGCACGGCCUAUGAAUAUGGCCUAAUGGGCAACCCCGUCGACAACCGAAUGAGUAUCAUUUGGUAUACCCGUGCCGCCGCUCAGGGUGAGCAUCAGAGUGAACUCGCUCUUAGUGGUUGGUACCUUACUGGUUCCGAAGGCAUUUUGCAGCAAAACGACACGGAAGCCUAUCUUUGGGCUCGCAAAGCAGCCACCGCUCAUCUUGCCAAGGCAGAGUAUGCCAUGGGAUAUUUCACCGAGGUUGGAAUUGGCGUUUCUGCCAACCUGGAGGACGCAAAGAGAUGGUAUUGGCGUGCGGCUGCGCAAGGAUUGUCCAAAGCCCGAGAACGUCUCGAGGAUCUCAAGCAGGGAGGAGGUCGGAUGCAAAAGACCCGCCUCUCUCGCUCAGCCGUCAACAAGCAAAGCGAUGGCGACUGCAUCCUAAUGUAA